AAUCAGCUGAGACCAAUUAUUGUUAAUGCUCUCUGGGGCCGUGUUGAGGACUACCAAUUGGCAAUCUGGAACGCUUCCAGAACUUGGUGGGGGGGAGGGGGGCUCAUAUUUCGUGGAGAAUGGGGGAGGUGAGCCCUGGUUAUAGGGAUAACUUUUUAACUAGCCUUAAUUGGGGUCUUUGCGGCCAGGCUGUAAAGAUUCCCGCCACACUAAUAAGAAUCAGCCAUGGCCUUUUAAAUGGAACGCCGGAACUCUGCCUUGUUUUACUAAUAUCUUAAUAACACGUUUCUAUGAUGCACAUGUUGGUUCCUUGUAUUUUAAGACGCGGCCACAAACUGAAGCGAUAGCGAUCACGUAUAUGCAGUCCCCCAAUCGUCCAAGCCGAAUAGGUUGCAUGUAGUAUCACUCAAAAAACAUUCAUUACCGUCGGUGUGUUGAGUGGUGAGGGCCAGUGUGCGAAUUCAUUAAUGGAAGUCGCGGGACCCCGAGCGGUUGGAGCCCUGCCACACCCCUCUCCUUGCGUUAAGACAACCUGACCCGACCUCUAGGGAAUUGAUGUGCAAAAUGGCGGUUGCACUUCUGUUCUCCGACCCGGGCGCACAAUCCUGAGGAAGGACGUCACGUCACCAGGGCAACGACGCUCCUGCGUAAAGGCCCGGCCCAGUGGAAAGUUCAGGGCGUCCGCGCUCUCGCCGCUGGUUCUUCUCCUAGGCCCAGUGCCAGACCAGAGCAUGAGCGACUCCCGUCGUCCCUGGCCAGGCAAAUGUUGGCCCAAGCUUGGCGCGAACGAAGCGCGCUAUUUCCCUGCUUCCUUUAGGCCAAGCCUGCUGUACGGCAGGGCCCGCCUCCGGAGCGAGCAUAGACCGGGGCAGCGAGGCCAGCCGGGCGCCGGCCAGGUCCUGAGCGCGCACGCGCUCUGUUCAGCUCCGGGUGGCGGUUGCCGGAGUUGACGUUAGCCAUGGAAACCGAGAGCUGGCCCGGGCGGGGCCACGGUGAGCUUGUUGUUCGGACGCCGCAGCUUUUCUGCCUCCGCAUUCGGGCAAUAGCCAACCUCCCGGCGGGAGCGCCUAGCCCGGGUUUACCUGCAAAAAUGCAGUCCCCGGGAUGCCUUCGCGUCUUCGCUUCCCUCGGUUGACUUGAGGAAUCAACUCCUGGAUACAUCACACUGGAGUCGAAGCCUGGAAAGCUGAGGAAGCAACCCCUGACAGCCCAAAGGAACGUCUUAAAUAUGAUGGAAAUUAUUUACUAUGCCACCCUUGUGGGAAUUGCUUUACUCACUGUACUGUUUGCAGUAGGACUAUAUACUGUAGCACCCUCAGGGUGGAAUAUCUGACAGGGAAUCUCAAUUGCUGUAGCAUUUUGCUUAAUUAUUAUCCUCAUAGAAGGAAUAACGGUUACUAACAAAAAAUAAUACAUGGGCCUUUGCAAACAUGUGCCUCUGCCUCUCAUUAGGUAGGGAAUGUUGUUUCUAUCUCAACCAAUCAGGCCUAGUAAGAGACUCUGCUGAAAAACUUAAAGAAAGGACUAAAAAGCUAAGGGAAUACCAAAACAACCAAAUAGUUUCUUUGUUUGGGAGCAGAAUCAUAGCAUGGGUCACCCCAUUCCUGGGCCCUCUCCUAAUAUGCCUAGGACUAAUGUUCUUACCCUGCCUAGUUAACCUUUUUCAAAGAUUUUUAACUGACAGAAUCAUGGCCAUUUCACAGACAACUACCCAAGAACAUCUACAGAUGGUGUUACUUCUGCAGUCAAUGCAAGACUCAAAAAUUGUCUAUCCCCUUGUCAACAGGAAGUAGCCAGAAAGAACACACCGCCCCUCAUCCUUUUUAUAACUACAGGGUCUGGAUUGACAGAGCAGGAGCAUCGCCAUUUUGGACGAAGACCAACAUUUUAAGUUUCACCUUGAUCAAAAUCCACCAAAAUCCAAAGGGCAUUAGCCUUAUAGCUAAGAAACUGCUGUGUUACAGAAAAGCAUGUGACUUUCAGAAUAAUCCCGAGUGAGGAUGAGUCCAGAUGUGCCUCUACUGAAUGAUUACAAGCAGGACUUCUUUCUGAAGCGCUUUCCACAGACUGUCCUUGGAGGCCCUCGAUUCAAAUUAGGCUAUUGUGCCCCUCCUUACAUAUAUGUUAAUCAAAUUAUUCUUUUUCUAAUGCCAUGGGUUUGGGGCGGAGUCGGAACACUUUUGUACCAGUUAGGCAUCCUGAAAGACUAUUACACAGCAGCACUUUCAGGUGGAUUAAUGCUUUUUACUGCAUUUGUCAUCCAGUUCACAAGUUUAUACGCCAGAAACAAAUCAGCAACAGUAGAAAGAAUAUUAGCCACGGAUAUCUUAGCAGAGGAGGAUGAACAUGAAUUUACAAGUUGUGCUGGUGCUGAGACUGUCAAAUUUCUCAUUCCUGGCAAGAAAUAUGUAGUCAAUACAGUUUUUCAUUCUGUUCUUGCUGGAUUAGCGUGUGGUCUUGGAACAUGGUAUCUGCUCCCAAAUAGAAUAACCUUGCUGUAUGGCAGUACAGGAGGCACUGCUCUACUAUUCUUCUUUGGAUGGAUGACAUUAUGUAUAGGAGAAUAUUCAUUAAUUGUAAACACAGCUACAGAGACUGCAACUUUCCAAACACAGGAUACUUAUGAAAUUACUCCUCUUAUGAGACCUCUUUAUAUUUUUUUCUUUGUUUCUGUGGAUCUGGCAUACAGGUUUAUGGUAAAUAUGCCAGCUCUAGAACAAAUGAAUCAGAUUUUACACAUCUUGUUUGUAUUCUUACCCUUUCUGUGGGCACUUGGGACUCUGCCCCCACCUGAUGCACUUUUCUUAUGGGCAAUGGAGCAGAUUUUAGAGUUCGGCCUUGGAGGCUCAUCUAUGUCAACCCACCUAAGGUUAUUAGUAAUGUUCAUCAUGUCUGCUGGAACAGCUAUAACAUCAUAUUUCAUUCCAAGCACUGUUGGUGUGGUUCUUUUCAUGACUGGAUUUGGUUUCUUGCUGAGUCUGAACUUAAGUGAUGUCAGUCACAAAAUUGGAACCAAAUCUAAGAAUUUACCCAGUGGUCCAGAAAAAUAUUUUUCAUGGAAGGAAUGCCUUUUCUACAUCAUUAUAUUAGUCUUCGCUCUUUUAGAAACUGGUUUGCUUCAUCACUUUGCUGGCUUCUCACAGAUUUCUAAGAGCAGUUCCCAGGCUAUUGUGGGCUAUGGUUUGAUGAUAUUACUUAUAAUACUGUGGAUACUUAGAGAAAUUCAAAGCGUGUAUAUCAUUGGAAUUUUCCGAAAUCCUUUUUAUCCGAAGGAUGUGCAAACUAUGACUGUAUUCUUUGAGAAGCAAACUAGGCUCAUGAAGAUUGGUAUUGUCAGACGGAUUUUGCUAACUUUAGUAUCACCUUUUGCCAUGAUAGCAUUUCUCUCAUUGGACAGUUCCUUACAAGGGCUCCACUCAGUGUCUGUCUCUAUUGGAUUCACAAGAGCCUUUAGAAUGGUAUGGCAGAAUACAGAAAAUGCUUUAUUGGAGACAGUCAUUGUAUCAACAGUACAUUUGAUCUCCAGUACAGACAUGUGGUGGAACAGAAACCUGGAUACAGGAAUCAGACUCUUACUGGUUGGUAUCAUACGUGAUCGUUUGAUUCGGUUCAUCUCUAAAUUGCAGUUUGCUGUAACUGUACUUUUGACAUCAUGGACAGAGAAAAAACAACGUCGAAAAACAACUGCCACUUUAUGUAUACUCAACAUUGUCUUUUCUCCAUUCGUGUUGGUCAUCAUAGUUUUUUCUACACUACUCUCUUCUCCCUUACUCCCCCUUUUCACCCUUCCUGUGUUCUUGGUGGGGUUUCCCCGACCUAUUCAGAGUUGGCCAGGAGCAGCGGGCACCACAGCCUGUGUGUGUGCAGAUACAGUGUACUACUACCAAAUGGUGCCCAGGUUGACUGCUGUGCUGCAGACUGCAAUGGCAGCUGGAAGUUUAGGUCUCCUCCUACCUGGAUCUCAUUACUUGGGCCGUUUUCAGGAUCGUUUAAUAUGGAUAAUGAUUCUGGAAUGUGGCUAUACUUACUGCUGUAUUAACAUUAAGGGGUUAGAAUUGCAGGAAACAUCCUGUCAUACUGCAGAAGCUCGCAGAGUUGAUGAAGUUUUUGAAGAUGCUUUUGAGCAAGAAUACACAGGAGUAUGUUCCCUUAAUGAACACUUUGGAAAUGUCUUGACACCCUGUACUGUUUUGCCUGUGAAAUUGUAUUCUGAUGCCAGGAAUGUUCUAUCAGGCAUAAUUGAUUCUCAUGAAAACUUAAAAGAAUUUAAAGGUGACCUCGUUAAAGUACUCGUGUGGAUACUUGUUCAAUACUGCUCCAAAAGGCCUGGCAUGAAAGAGAAUGUUUACAACACUGAAAAUAAAGGGAAAGCACCUCUAAUCUUGCCUGAUUCAAACACUUCGCCACCUCCCAAAUCCCCAGAAGACAUAGAUAGUUUAAAUUCAGAAACUUUUGAUGACUGGUCUGAUGACAAUAUUUUUGAUGAUGAGCCAACUAUCAAAAAAGUAAUAGAAGAAAAAUAUCAGUUGAAAGAUUUGCCAGGUACAAACUCAUUUAUUCCAGGAUCAGUAGAAUCCCAGAGGGUUGGUGAUCAUUCUACAGGCACUGUUCCUGAAAACGAUCUUUACAAAGCAGUUCUAUUAGGAUACCCUGCUGUUGACAAAGGAAAACAAGAGGACAUGCCAUAUAUUCCUCUCAUGGAAUUCAGUUGUUCACAUUCUCACUUAGUAUGCUUACCUGCAGAGUGGAGGACUAGCUGUAUGCCCAAUUCCAAAAUGAAGGAGUUGAGCUCGUUAUUUCCAGAAGACUGGUACCAGUUUGUUUUAAGGCAAUUGGAAUGUUUUCAUUCAGAAGAAAAGGCCUCAAAUGUAUUGGAAGAAAUUGCCAACGACAAAGUUUUAAAAGACUUUUAUGUUCAUACAGUAAUGACUUGUUAUUUUAGUUUUUUUGGAAGAGACAAUAUGGCUCCUAGUCCUGGUCAUAUAUUGAGGGUUUACAGUGGUGUUUUGCCUUGGUCUGUUGCUUUGGACUGGCUCACAGAAAAGCCAGAGCUGUUUCAACUAGCACUGAAAGCAUUCAGGUAUACUCUGAAACUAAUGAUUGAUAAAGCAAGUUUAGGUCCAAUAGAAGACUUCAGAGAACUGAUUAAGUACCUUGAAGAAUAUGAAUAUGACUGGUACAUUGGUUUGGUAUCUGAUGAAAAGUGGAAGGAGGCAAUUUUACAAGAAAAGCCAUACUUGUUUUCUCUGGGGUAUGAUUCUAAUAUGGGAAUUUACACUGGAAGAGUACUUAGCCUUCAAGAAUUAUUGAUCCAAGUGGGAAAGUUGAAUGCUGAAGCUGUUAGAGGUCAGUGGGCCAAUCUUUCGUGGGAAUUACUUUAUGCCACAAACGAUGAUGAAGAACGUUAUAGUAUACAAGCUCAUCCACUACUUUUAAGAAAUCUUACGGUACAAGCAGCAGAUCCUCCCCUGGGGUAUCCGAUUUAUUCUUCAAAACCUCUCCAUAUACAUUUGUAUUAG